AUGACAUUCCAGGAUGUGGCUGUAGAAUUUUCUCCAGAGGAGUGGGCAUGCCUUGACAAAGCUCAGCGGAAAUUGUAUAGGGAUGUGAUGUUAGAGAACUACAGAAACCUGAUCUCCCUUGGUCUUGCCGAGUCAAAGCCAGAGCUGAUCACAUGCCUGGAGCGAAGGAUAGAGCCCUGGAUUAUGAAGAAAGAGGAAACAACAGCUAAAUAUCCAGAAAUGUCUUCCCAUUGCACCAAAGACAUGUUGCCAGAGCAGGGCAUAAACGACCCAUUUCAGAAAUCAAUAAUGAGACUAUAUGGAAGCUAUGGCCUUGAAAAUGUACACUUAAAAAGAGAUGGGGAUUGCGUGGUUGAGUGUAAGAAGCAGAAAGUAUGUUCUAAUGGUCUUACCCAAUGUCUGUCAAGUUGCCAUAGAAAAAUCUUCCAAUGUUAUAAAUGUAUAAAAGUUUUUAGCAAAUCAUCAAAUCUAAAUAGACAGAAGACAGGAUAUACUGGAGAGAAAAGUGUCAAACUUAAUGAAUGUGGCAAAAUUUUUAAUCACAGCUCUAAUGUAUCUGGACAUAGGAAAUUUCAUACGACAGAGAAAUCCUACAAGUGUGAAGAAUGUGGAAAAUCCUUUAACUGUUGCUCAAAACUUAUUAUACAUAGGAGAAUUCACACUGGAGAGAAACCCUACAAAUGUGACGAAUGUGGCAAAGCCUUUAACCAGUCCUCAAUCCUUACUCAACAUAAAAGAAUCCAUACUGGAGAGAAACCCUACAAAUGUGAAGAAUGUGGCAAAGCAUUUACACAUUGCAAACACCUUACUCAACAUAAAAGAAUCCAUAGUGGAGAGAAACCCUACAAAUGUGAAGAAUGCGGCAAAGCCUUUAUCUGGUGUACAAACCUUACUCUACAUAAAAGAAUUCAUAUGGGAGAGAAACCAUACCAAUGUGAAGAAUGUGGAAAAGCCUUUACCCAGUGGACACACCUUACUCAACAUAAAAGGAUCCAUAGUGGAGACAAACCCUACAAAUGUCAAGAAUGUGGCAAAGCCUUUACCCAGUGCACACACCUUACUCAACCUAAAAGAAUUCAUAGAGGAGAGAAAUUCUAUAAAUGUGAGGAAUGUGGCAAAGCCUUUACCCAGUCCUCAACCCUUACUCUACAUAAAAGAAUUCAUAUGGGAGAGAAACCACACAUAUGUGAAGAAUGUGGAAAAGCAUUUACCCAGUUCACACACCUUACUCAACAUAAAAUAAUUCAUACUGGAGUGAAACCCUACAAAUGUGAAGAAUGUGGCAAAGGCUUUACCCAGUACACACAUCUUACUCAACAUAAAAGAACCCAUACUGGAGAGAAACCCUACAAAUGUGAAGAAUGUGGCAAAGCCUUUACCCGGUGCACACACCUUACUCAACAUAAAAGAAUUCAUACAGGAGAGAAACCCUACAAAUGUGCAGAAUGUGGAAAAGCCUUUACCAAGUCCUCAACCCUUACUACACAUAAAAUAAUUCAUACUGGAGAGAAACCCUAAAAAUGUGUAGAAUGUGGCAAAGCCUUUAUCUGGCUAAGAGACCUCACUCUACAUAAAUGAAUCCAUACAGGAGAGAAACCAUACAAAUGUGAGGAAUGUGGCAAAGCAUUUUCCCAGCACUCAUCCUA